CAAUUAUAAAAUGCGUACCAUAGCUACGAAGUCCUACGUACAUCACAUUCUGCAAAACACAGUUCUUCAGUUCAGUAUAUAAAAUAAAGUUGCUCGACCUUACUCUUCCCGCUGGAACUAAACCAGGUUGGACACCAUACAUCAUCAACGCUUCGUGAUAUUAUCCUAGGUUUCCAGUUUGUUGUGCUUACGUCCUGCACCAGCUGCUCACGUUGAGCGCCGUGGAGAUACAGUACACAGCAAAGGUGAACGUCUCCGGGGCAGGCCGUAACGGGCAUCGCGAACCGGUCAACUUUGAUAACAACGCUUGAAGCAAAAAUAUUGUCGCAUCAAGCAACGUUAACAACGGAUUUAACGUAUAUCUACUCUGCGCUAGCUGGGCGGCAAAUACGCUGAAGCUGGUAGUGGCUGCGGAUGCAGCGUCACGUGCGGCCACAAACGCAGCAACAACACACUAGAAGACACCUCCGUGACCCACAUCAGCUACCUCCCUGCAAAUCCGCGCCUCCUGAAGGCGCCUUACGACGUGAAUGGCGAAGACAAGUCGCUUUCACACGGCAGAGGACGAGAUCUUCCGGCUUUUAGAGGAUGAAAUCCUGGAAGCCGCGGCGGCAGCUGACGAAUGCAACGCAGCUACAUCCUCAUCAAUCCCCGGCAUAACCUCAACUUCUCCUCCUGCUGCUGCUGAUGCUUGUGCGGCUACCCCAAGCCAACAGCGACAACAGCAACAGCAAUCGUCACCAGUAGACGUCACAGCAGCGAUUACCAUCAAGAAUGGGCCUUCCGCGCUCUCCAAGUUUCAGCUGCGAUUUGGGUUACGUCGGGAACGGCGAUGGCACCCCCGAGUCAUGGCUGUUGCGGCGUUCAUGGCGGAAGGGGAGCGACGCCGGCGCUUUGAAGACGGUAUCCUAGCCUCUGUCAUGAGUGCAGACGACAUUUCCUCGGUAACCUUGUCGCGGCCAGGUGUUAAGUCGGGGCCGCAGCAACCCCUGCAGCAGCAACAGCGGAACGGGCUGGGAUGCAAGGCGCGCGGCAGCGGGGCAGGAGACGGAGGAGGCAGAGGUGUUAAGUCAGGGAGUGCCCCCGGCGGCAUGCUGGGUGGCUUGUUUAGCAAGGAGGACGAGGACGCGAUGGAUCUCAUCUUGGGGGGCUGGGGAGGGGGAGCGGCGCACAAGAAGACGAAUGGGGUGUCGAAAUGAGGAUCUUUUGUCGGGUGGGCCGGUAGCGGCAGGCGGGUUGCGAGUGACUUUAGCGGGUAGUAGCUAGGCAGGAGUACGUAAGUAGCAGCGGUGGCUUUACAAACAGCCUAGCAACGGAGACACUCGGGUGACGGGUCUCACGCACCCGGGUCUUUCCGUUGGCCAUUGCACGAAUGGCCGACGCAUGCUCCCCAAGCCUCAUGCAUCCCGCCGCCGUUGGAUAGCCGUUUCCUUUCAUGCAGCAGGGCAUCUUGACUGCUUACUUGACUGCCUCCUGUGUUCCUCUUACCGGUAAGACUGACGGCCUGUUGUCUUGUUGACCAUGCAUACUUGAGAUAGGCAUUCAGCUUUCGGGCACGAGGCAGUGCAUGGUAGCUGCUUUGCGGUCUGUGUAUAGGCGCUCUUGCUCCCUCUAGGUUAUUAUUCAUGCGCUCGUGCAUGUUUGUGUCUGCGUUAUUGUGUCGUUGCAUGUGCCCGUAUGGCCUGCUGAUGUGGCAAAAAUAUGUCUAGUUGCUUGCGUCGCUGUUGAUCAAGCUGUGAUGAUGCUUUGCAUGGAAUGAGGUUGUUGUUGGGUUAGCUGCUAUUAGCCUCUAAUUAUGAAUGUGCAACGCAUGAUGAUAAAGGGAGCUGCAUCUUUGUCGUACCGUUGGCUGUGGUACUGGUGGCCGCAUGACUGCCGUACUGCUGCGUAGCGAAAUAGAAUUCUCGCAGCGUCCCCAGCAGCAGGUGUAUGUUUUGUAGGUUUUGUUCACAUGCUAACCGUUAGCCGUACGCCCAAGUGGGUUGAAUUGAAGCCGCGGUUGCUGCAGAAAUGGCGCCUUAUACCUAUUGCUAUUGCGUCGGCAUGCACUUUUGCCUUAUUACAACUUCAACCAUGAACUGCCUGUGCUGUAACAGUUGCUGCUGUUACGGAUUCUGCCGACAUGAACUUGUAGCUGGUAGGAGCCAAACAAUCGGUGGACUGUCAAGGGUUUCAUUGGCAUUGACACUGGCAUUGUGUGCUGAAUUGAAAAUGUGUGUAUCACGUUAUAAGAACGGCCUGCUAGGUUGCACCGACAGAUAGAACGACGAUAGAAAGCUGCGUAGUCUGUUCGCUUCUGUACCCCAUCUGUGCGUCUUGGUGAUUUGGCUUCUUAAGUCGUUCUGUGCGGUACGUAACACCAGGUGUCUCUGGGGGGCUAUUUGUUACAAAACCGUACUUUGACAUUCUUUACGGCAUUGUGUGUUUGUGUCCUUAUGUCCUUGACUGUUUAUAUGGCUAAAUGCAUGCUGAUAUUAAUUUAUUGGUUGUCGUACUACACGUAAUGAUCUAGGAAACCAUUGCAUGCUCAGUCGUGCAAGGUGUGUUUCCUUUUGUUUUGUGGGCCGGCAGGACCCAUCUUGAAUGCCCCUGCUGUGUAGUCUGAACAAUAGAAGGAAGGUAGGUCCUGAUCGAGUCGUCAUGAUAAUUUAUGUUAUCGUUCUGCUGUUACCUGUUUAGGUCUGACCUCGUUUUAACCCGUUGGUUUCGCUCACCUGCCCGUUCCUAUCCAAGCUCUGCUGACGGAUGCCGAUUCACACACUCGGUCGUACCGUUGUUACACGCUUACACCAGAACCCAAUGUAAAUACACC